CCAACUUUUACUGACAUAGCUAUACCAAGCGAAGUCUUUUGCCCUUCACAUCUCCAACACAUUUAUCGAAAUGGCUGAUUACUGUCCUGUCUACGCACCUUUCUUCGGCACAAUGGGCUGCACAGCUGCCAUUGUCUUCUGUCUUGGUGCCGCUUAUGGUACCGCUAAGGCUGGUGUCGGUCUCUCCGCUAUUGGUGUCCUUCGUCCUGACUUGAUCAUCAGAUGCUUCGUCCCCGUUGUCAUGGCUGGUAUCUUGGGUAUUUAUGGUGUCGUCGUUGCAGUACUUCUGUCCAUGGCAGUGAAGCAGUCUCUUUACAGUGGUUUCGUCCAGUUUGGUGCUGGUCUGUCCGUUGGUCUCUCUGCCUUAGCUGCUGGUUUUGCCAUUGGUAUCACUGGUGACGCUGGUGUCCGCGCUACUGCACAACAGCCUCGUAUGUUUGUCGGAAUGAUCUUGAUUCUCAUUUUCGCUGAAGUUUUGGGUCUUUAUGGACUUAUUGUCGCACUUAUUCUCAACACCAAGGUUUCCAGUGCUGAGAACCCUUGCUAAACUAUACAUAAUUCAAUUCACUUGAAUAACAGAUGCACUGCAGUUUGGUUUUUUUGCUUAUACAGAUUCAUCCCAGCUUGAGGUUCACUUGAAC